AAUAACUGUGAUUCUUAUAUUGCUCCUGAGGAGGUUUAAGUUGGGAUGCAAAGAGAGGGGCUCUUUGGAAAUUGCCUUCCCGUUUGUUUACAUAUUAAGAAACAAGAGCAGCUCUCGCCAUCUGACCUAGUGUUUGAGGACCUUGUGACCACAGUUAAAUGUCACCCGUCUGAAAGCCUCAUUGCUUCUGGUCUUAUAAAUGGAGAAGUCUACUUACAUUCUUACAGCUGUUCUGAGGAAAGUAAACAAAUACACAAGUUUACUCAUCACAAAAAGUCUUGUCGAGCUAUGGGCUUCACGGAUGACGGGCGACGGUUGUAUUCUGUGUCAAAAGACAAAAGCAUUUUCUGCGUGGAUGUUCACACAGGCAAGCUGAAGAGGAAGAUAAAAAAGGCACAUGAAUCUCCAAUUUACAGUGUUGUUGUCACUGGUGAUACAUUUAUUGCAACUGGUGAUGAUGAUGGCCUUCUCAAGGUGUGGGACAUGAGGACAAAGGAGGCCACAAUGGAGAUGAAAGAGUGUGAGGAUUUCAUCAGUGAUAUGAUUGUGGAAGAUAACAAGAAGAUCGUUAUUGCAGCAAGUGGUGAGGGGACAUUGACCUCCUUUAACAUCCGGCGGCGGCGAGUGGAGCUACAAUCGGAGUUGUUUGACUCGGAACUUUUGUGCUUGGCCAGGAUGAAGGGUGGUGGCAAGCUGGUGUGUGGCACGAGUGAGGGCGUCCUGAACAUCUUCAACUGGGGUCAGUGGGGCAAUAUCAGUGACAGAUUUCCUUGUGGUCAAGACCAAGUGGACAGUCUGGUCCCAAUUACAGACAACGUUGUGUGUGCAGGGACCAGUGAUGGAAACAUACAGGCUGUCCACGUCCUACCAAACCGAGUGCUUGGACUUGUGGGCCAACACAUGGAGGAUUUUCCAGUGGAGUCCUUGACCCUGACCUCUGACCUCUCCUGCGUAGCCAGCUGUUCUCAUGACCAGAAGGUCAAGUUCUGGAACAUAGAGGAGCUCAAGUCUCAGACAGUGGACACUAGCAAGAGGGGCACCAAGCAGGCCAAGAAAAACAAAGUCAAGUUUGGGAAAGCAAAACAGAAUGAUUUUUUUUCUGGUUUAGUGGACAGCGCGCCAGGGAGUGGAGACACUGGGGCUGAUGACAACAGUGAUGAUGACAGUGAUGACGAUUCUGAUUGAGUGAGGGAGAGAGAGAGAGAGAGAGAGAAGAGAGAGAGAGAGAUUCUGAAUGAAUAAGAGUUCAGUGUAUGUGGGAGGGUAAAAAUGAAUAAAAUCAUGUCUGUGAAGGAAAGUUAGUGAGAAGAGAAAUAAAAGGCUGUGUGGGAAGAAUUAGAAGACUGAAUUUGAACAUGAUGAGUGAAAAAGAUUCCGAUAGAAUAAAUUGCAGUGUAUUUUCAUUGAUAAA